CUACAGAGGGUGGAGGCGGUGCAGGCACCGCGAGGUGUUGCCGUCUUCCGGGCGGCGGCUAAUGACCUCAGCGACAACAACACCCACACUCACCUCCAGGAAACAGUCGACCAGAUUCGCCAGGUAGGAGGGGCGUGGCACUGCCUGGUGGUGGUGGUGGUGAGUGAUGACCCAGCCUUCCUCGCCGCCUUCGCUCACCUUUCACACAGGCGUCACGCCCUCAGGUGGUCCACCAGGAUCCUUGUCCUAACUCGCCUCCCUCUCAGCCACCUUGGCGGCCUGCACUUCCUUCUCUCCAACAGGAACGCCAUGCUGCUCCGAAUCCAAGAUCAUAAAAGUUCCAGAUCUGUCAGUCAGGUGGGCGUGUUUGUGUGGCAGCCGUACAGCAGCAGGUCCCGGAGGGUGGCCACCUGGACACCGGGAAGGAAGCUGACUCUCGCUUCCCACGAGUCGCUCUUCCCUGAUAAGUUCUCAGUGUUUCGCUCCGCGCCGCAUCUGAAGGUGGUGGUGGAAGUGUUGGCCGGCCACGCCGUGUCGUGGGUGGAAGACGCAGACGCGCUCGGCGGUCGUCGCUUGGAAUACACGGGGUACAUGGGUGACGUUGUAAAGUACUUUGCAGCGGCGAUGAACUUCACAUCCAGGUACGUGCUGUCCCCAGAGAGAACCUUCGGCACUAAGCUGCCCGAUGGCUCCUGGACUGGCAUGAUCGGCAUGGUGGUGCGGGAGGAAGCAGAUUUUUCACCGGGGCCUUUUACAUUUAGUCACGUUCGAUAUGAAGCUAUCGAUUACACAUAUCCACUCCAUCAUGCAAGUGUAAAAAUCCUUAGUGGCUUGAGUGGACUAGAAACAGACCCUUGGGGCUUCCUGCUGCCACUCACGCCCCUGGUAUGGAUAGCUAGCUUGGUGGUGCUACUGGGGGUGCUGGCUGCUUUACAAGUCUUUUCCUUCUGUGUGCCAAAUAGCACUCACAAGACACUAUGCUACGACAGCUGGUCCGCCAACACCUUCAGCCCUGCGCGCGUCCUUCUACAGCAAGACGUGGUGUGGCCCGCGCAGUGGUGGUGGUGGGAGCGUCUGGUGCAUGGGCUGUGGAUGCUGACGGUACUGGUGUUAGCAAAGAGUUACGCCGGCAACCUCAUGUCCCUGCUGGCCGUGAGAUACGUGCCGCAGCCCUUCCAGACUCUGAGGGACGUCCUGGACCACCCCAGCGUCACAAUGAUAUGGCAAAAAUUGUCCAGUUACGAACAGCUUGUCAGGGACGCCACAUUCGGGGAGAUGCGAGAGGUGGCCGGGCUGGAGAAGAAGGGUCGCCUAGAGUUCCACACACAGACACGGUACAUGGUCAGUCUUGACACGCUGGUGAGGGAGAAAAGCCACGUGCUUGUCGAUGCUGAGGACUCUGUGAGAAAGCUUAUUGCCUUAGACUUCACUGAGAAAGGUCGGUGUGACUUCUACGUGUCCAGAGAUGGGCUUUUUCCUUCAUCGUUCGGGAUGGUGACCCAGAAAACCAGUCCUCUUGCGAUUGGAUUCAACAAGAGAGCUCUGGGACUGACGGAACAAGGACUAUUUAGGCAUGGGACUGAAAACGUUCCUAAUUAUACUGAAUGUGAUAACAUUCCUAAGAAGAAGUUAGUUAUGUCCUCCAUCUCUGUCUCUAACAUCUGGGGAGUGUUUGUAUUGCUGGGCGGGGGCGUGGUGGCCGGGUUGGCGGUGUGGUGCCUGGAAAUGUUUAUGAAGCCCUGCAAGGAACACUGACUUCCUCUGGCAACACUGAGAUACAAAUAAAAAAAAUAGAUGAAUAAGAACAAAUAUUUAGGCAAUAAA